GCACAGCAUGCUCCGGCCUUAACAUCCUGCAAGAAAUCGCCGCCAGCCCGCUCCCUCACUAAUCAUAGUCAUAGAGCCUCACAUCCCGGACAAGGAGAGGAGAGGGGAGCAAGGCCAAGGCCAAGGGCAUACAGAUACACGGGGGGAGAGAGACAUCUCACAUCUAUAUAUGGCCGUGGAGUCGUAGUUGGUUGAAGCAUUGCUUCUUCGUGCCGAGCUCUCCUCCUCCCCCUUGCCUCGGCCUCGGCCUCGGCCCUUGCUCGAGCUCUCGGAGGGAGGAUGGCGGGCGGCGGGGUGGCCGCGCUGGGCGUGAAGAAGGAGAGGGCGGCCGAGUACAAGGGGCGCAUGACGCUGGCCGUCGCCAUGGCCUGCCUCGUCGCCGCCGUCGGGGGCUCCAUCUUCGGCUACGACAUCGGGAUCUCCGGAGGAGUGACCUCCAUGGACCCAUUCCUGGAGAAGUUCUUCCCGGUGGUAUUCCGGCGGAAGAACUCCGGCCACCAGAACAACUACUGCAAGUACGACAACCAGGGCCUCUCGGCAUUCACCUCGUCUCUGUACCUGGCCGGCCUGGUCUCCUCCCUCGUUGCCUCGCCGGUGACGAGGAACUACGGCCGACGCGCCAGCAUUGUCUGCGGCGGCAUCAGCUUCCUCAUCGGCGCGAUCCUCAACGUGGCGGCCGUGAACCUUGAGAUGCUGAUCCUCGGCCGUAUCAUGCUCGGCGUUGGCAUCGGUUUCGGCAAUCAGGGUGUGCCGCUGUAUCUGUCGGAGAUGGCGCCGGCGCACCUCCGCGGCGGGCUGAACAUGAUGUUCCAGCUCGCGACGACGCUCGGCAUCUUCACGGCGAACAUGGUGAACUACGGCACGCAGAACCUCAAGCCGUGGGGGUGGCGCCUCUCGCUCGGCCUCGCGGCGGCGCCGGCGCUGCUGAUGACCGUGGGCGGGCUGCUCCUGCCGGAGACGCCCAACAGCCUCAUCGAGCGCGGUCGCGCCGAGGAGGGCCGGCGCGUCCUGGAGCGCAUCCGCGGCACCGCGGACGUGGACGCCGAGUUCAUGGACAUGUCGGAGGCCAGCGAGCUAGCCAACACCAUCAAGAACCCGUUCCGGAACAUCCUUGAGCCGCGCAACCGGCCGCAGCUGGUGAUGGCCGUGUGCAUGCCGGCGUUCCAGAUCCUGACGGGCAUCAACUCCAUCCUGUUCUACGCGCCGGUGCUGUUCCAGACCAUGGGCUUCGGCGCCAGCGCGGCGCUCUACUCCUCCGUGAUCACCGGCGCGGUGCUCUUCUUGUCUACCCUCAUCUCCAUCGCCACCGUCGACCGCCUCGGCCGGAGGAAGCUCCUCAUCAGCGGCGGCAUUCAGAUGAUCGUUUGCCAGGUGAUCGUGGCGGUGAUACUUGGGGUGAAGUUCGGGACGGACAAGCAGCUGUCGCGGAGCUACUCGAUCGUGGUGGUGGUGGUGAUCUGCCUGUUCGUGAUGGCGUUCGGGUGGUCGUGGGGGCCGCUGGGGUGGACGGUGCCGAGCGAGAUCUUCCCGCUGGAGACGCGGUCGGCGGGGCAGAGCAUCACGGUGGCCGUCAACCUCUUCUUCACCUUCGUCAUCGCGCAGGCGUUCCUGUCGAUGCUCUGCGCCUUCAAGUUCGGCAUCUUCCUCUUCUUCGCCGGCUGGAUCACGGUCAUGACCGUGUUCGUCUACAUUUUCCUGCCGGAGACCAAGGGCGUGCCCAUCGAGGAGAUGGUGCUGCUGUGGAGGAAGCACUGGUUCUGGAAGAAGGUGAUGCCGGACAUGCCGCUCGAGGACGGGUGGGGGGAAGGGGACGGCGGCCGUGCUGACAACAAGGGACACUAGUGACUAGUGUGUGAGUGAAGAUCAUUUGGAAUGGGUUGUGCAUUGUUUGUUGGUUGAUUAGAUCCUGUAAGACACAGUUUAACAUGUACUACUACACAUUUGGAGUAGGAGGAAUGCCUUUUAUAUGCA